CUUGACUGGAGCGAGUCAUCCGAGCGUCUUCCUCGAGAAGAAGCACGUACAAGUAGUAGCAGUGCAUAUAAGAACCUCUACAGCUAGGAAUUGGUGGCUCAAGUUGCGUAGCCAGUCGCAUUUCGCCCCGAAUUUGUUGCCUCGGCCGGUCCUCCCCCAUGGCUCUGCACAGUCUGUCAAGACGCGCCCCCCAAAUGGGGAUGCGCUGGACCAGACGGUUCUCAAGCUCCCCGCGAAAUGCUAGUUAUGCGGAUACUUUGCCCAAUUUGAAGAUUGGGGCUCAUACGCGUGUUUUGUUUCAGGGAUUUACUGGAAGACAAGCGACGGCCAACGUCAAGGAAUCCCUGGAAUGGGGUACUAAGAUUGUGGGCGGCGUCAAGCCUGGCGUGGAGGGAGAGCAUCUGGGACUCCCGGUGUUCCCCUCUGUCAAAGUGGCUCAAGAGAAAGCAAAGCCGGAUGCCUCAGCCAUCUACGUGCCAGGGAACCAAACUGCCCAGGCUGUUGAAGAGGCCAUCGAGGCGGAGAUUCCUCUCGUGGUAGCCGUGGCCGAGCAUGUUCCCAUCCAUGACAUUCUUCGAAUCCAUUCUAUGUUGCAAACCCAGUCUAAAACUCGGCUCGUGGGCGCAAACUGCCCCGGUAUCAUCUCCGCCAUCGGCAAGUGCCGUAUCGGUUUUCAGCCUUUGCCAUGCUUCGCACCCGGCAAUGUGGGCAUUGUGGCCAAGUCGGGGACGCUUAGCUACGAAACCGUCGCUUCAACUACACGAGCUGGUCUCGGUCAAAGUCUGUGCAUUAGCAUGGGUGGCGACGUGUUGGCGGGUACCAACUUUGUGGACGCGCUAACGAUCUUUGAAAAUGAUGAAGAUACCCAGGGUAUCAUCCUCGUCGGUGAGAUUGGAGGCACUGCGGAGAUGGAUGCAGCAGAUUGGAUCAAGGAUUACCGACGGAGAACCGCCGAUCCCAAACCCAUCAUGGCCCUUGUCGGUGGUUUGGAGGCACCCCCGGGACGAAUUAUGGGACAUGCGGGAGCUUGGGCUGCACCUGGUGAGCCCGAUGCUCAGACCAAAUAUCAGGCUCUGGAACGGGCCGGAGCUGUCAUGGUCAACCAUCCUGAGAAGUUUGGCGAGGGAAUGAAGACCCUGCUGGGUAACAAGGCUGCUAGACCGGGCACAAGCCCUCUCUUUCCAGGCUCACAAAAGCGUGGGUUCCAUACAAUGAGACGCGUUACUCCGACCUCACGGCCAGCUCUCCAGCAGAAGCGCAAUCUCUACAUCAAGCAGUUCCAGGCAUUCGAUAUCCUCAAGCAAAAGUCGAUCGCCGUCAAUGGAACGGUCUCCAGGUCCGACGGAUCCCUCUCCAUCUCUGUGGAUAGAAAGUCUCUUUCCCCGUGCAUCGUGGCAUCCCCAGGCACCGACUUUGAGCCAGCUCGAUCUCGCAAGUUCCCUUUCAGUUACAACACGGCCAGCCUUGAAGAUCAGUCAGUGAUCUCUGAAGUGGCCGCGACCUUGGGUCUCCCCGUUUCAGCCCAAGGCAAGCUGGCCAGCCUGGUCCAGGCGCUGUGGGAGAUCUUCAAGGAGAAGGAGGCCUUUGUUUUGGAGACUCGUAUCGGAUUCUCCGCUGAGGGCAAGCUGGAAGUUCACAGUGCCCACUUUGGUUUUGACGACGCAGCAUACCGCAGCUCUGGGCGUCAAGAAGACAUACAUAGUCUGCGAAACAAGGCGGAGGAGGUUCCCGAGGAGGUCGAGGCUGAGAAGGAUGGAAUUGUCUACGUCAAGUACGAUCAUGAUACCCGCAGCAUCUGAAACCUUGCUAAUGAUCAACAGACUUCAGGGUGAAGGUAGCAUCGGCACACUAGUGAACGGCGCUGGACUUGCCAUGAACACGGUCGAUGCUCUUACCAUCCACGGCGGACACUGCGCCAACUUCCUUGACACUGGCGGUAAAGCCACCUCGGAGACCGUCAAGUCGUCUUUCCGGAUCAUCUGCUCCGAUCCACGAGUGAAGGCUGUCUUUGUCAACAUCUUCGGUGGAUUGACGCGCUGCGAUAUGAUUGCGGAGGGUAUCAUCAUGGCAUUCCGGGACCUGGAUAUGCAGGUGCCCGUUGUCGUGCGGCUGCGGGGCACUAACGAGGAGCCCGGUCAGAAAAUGAUUGCCGAAAGUGGGCUCCCUCUGCAUGCAUUUGAUGGAUUUGAAGAUGCAGCCAAGAAGGUGAUUUCCUUGGCUGAGAGCAAAUAGACUACUCUGCUUGUCGAUGCAUAGAUUGUACAUAGAUCUAAACACCUUGAAGAAACGAUGAUAUAUACUUCCGACCAGAUUCCCCGGUGAUGAACGUGUUCAGAUGCAAGUUCUACGUCAUUUUCAUAUCACAUUGCUUUAUUUCACGUAGAGCUAGCUGCUAUCCAAACCCCAUUAAGCCAUGCGAGUGUGCAAAUCCCCC